GCAGACGUCGCCUGGGUUUUGUUGCGCUGACAGAUUGUAAAGAAAGCGGGACAAUAGCAGACAAAAGGGGCUUCUGCUGGAAGGGGGCAGGACGCUUUGAGGACCUGGAAAUCCCUGGAAAGCUCCUUUUGUCAGAGGUGCAGCUCUCCGCCCGUGCAUGUCCCAUCCGGAGGGGUAUAAAUCCGGAGCGGAGGGUCCGACCGACUUCUAGUCAGCCCGCAGAGCCGCCAGGCAGCAGCCAGCCGCCGGCAUGAGCCUCAGACGGAGCCCCGUCCUCGCUGCGCUCUCCCUGCAGCUCGUCCUGCACUGCGUCCGCAUCCAGGUUUCCUCGGCUUCGGGACACUUUGAGCUUCAGAUUUUGUCGAUGCAGAACGUCAACGGGGAGCUGCAGGCCGGCGCCUGCUGCGACGGCGCCCGGGACGCCGCGGACCAGCGCUGCACGGCGGACGAGUGCGACACCUACUUCCGGGUUUGUCUGAAGGAGUACCAGCUGAAGGUUUCCUCGGCCGGGCCCUGCAGCUUCGGCACCGCCACCACGCCCGUGCUCGGCGGGAAUACCUUUUCUUUGCACAACGCGCGGAGCGACAAAGCCAGGAUCAUGUUACCGUUCAGCUUCGCUUGGCAGAGGUCGUACACAUUGAUCGUGGAAGCAUUGGACAACGAUUCAUCCACAGGCAGCGUCGGCGGCGCCGUGAUCGAGAGGGCGGUCCAGUCGGGGAUGAUCAACCCGAGCCGGCAGUGGCAGAGUCUGAAGCACAACGGCCCCGUGGCCCAGUUCCACUUCCAGGUGCGGGUCAGCUGCGACGAGCACUACUACGGCUUCGGCUGCAACAAGUUCUGCCGGCCGCGUGACGACUUCUUCGGCCACUACGAGUGCGACCACAACGGCAACAAGACCUGCCUGGAGGGCUGGUCCGGCCCCGAGUGCAGCACUGCUCUCUGCAGGCAGGGCUGCAGCACCGAACACGGCUCCUGUAAAGUUCCCGGAGAAUGCAAGUGUCUGUACGGCUGGCAGGGAGAGUACUGUGAUCAGUGUAUCCCUCACCCCGGCUGUGUGCACGGCAGCUGUGUGGAGCCCUGGCAGUGUCUGUGUGACACCAACUAUGGAGGACAGCUGUGUGACAAAGACCUGAACACGUGCGGGACGCAGCAGCCCUGUCUGAACGGAGGAACCUGCAGCAACACGGGACCCGACAAAUACCACUGCGCCUGUCCCGACGGCUUCUCGGGACAGAACUGCCAGAGAGCGGACCACGCCUGCCUGUCUGACCCGUGUCUGAACGGAGGGAGCUGCCUGGAGACCAGCCAGGGCUUCGAGUGCCGCUGCGCCCCCGGCUGGACGGGACCGUCCUGCUCCAGCAAUGUGGACGAGUGCCUGCUGAACCCCUGCAGCCACGGCGGGACGUGUCAGGACCUCGUCAACGGCUUCCGCUGCUCCUGCCCGCCCCAGUGGACCGGCAAGACCUGCCUCAUCGACGCCAACGAGUGUGAUGACAGCCCCUGCGUCAACGCCAACUCCUGCCGGAAUCUGAUUGGAGGAUAUUUCUGCGAGUGCCUGCCCGGCUGGACGGGUCAGAACUGCGACACCAAUAUCGACGACUGUCAGGGCCAGUGUCUGAACGGAGCCACGUGCAAGGACCUGGUGAACGGCUUCAGGUGUGUGUGUGCUCCGGGUUUCGGCGGCGAGACGUGCGAGAGCGACGUGGACGAGUGCGCCAGCGGGCCGUGCCUCAACGGCGGCCGCUGCCACGACGAGGUCGACGGCUUCCGCUGCCUGUGCCCGCCCGGCUCCUCGGGCAGCCGCUGCCAGCUGGACGUGGAUUACUGCCUGGCCGGCCCGUGCCAGAACGGCGGCGAGUGUUUCAACCUGGUGUCCGACUACGUGUGCAGGUGUGCCGACGACUACGAGGGCAAGAACUGCUCGCACCUCAAGGACCACUGCCGCACCACGCCCUGCAAAGUGAUUGACAGCUGCACGGUGGCGGUGGCGUCCAAUAGCACGCCGGGCGGGGUGCGCUUGAUCUCGUCCAACGUGUGCGGGCCGCACGGGCGCUGCCGCAGCCUGGCGGGGGGGCAGUUCAGCUGCGAGUGUGACGAGGGCUUCACCGGAACCUACUGCCACGAGAACAUUAACGACUGUGAGAGCGCCCCCUGUCAGAACGGAGGAACCUGCAUCGACAAAGUCAGUCAGUACGAGUGCAUCUGCGCCGAGGGAUGGGAGGGGCCGACCUGCCACGACAACAUCGACGACUGCCGCUCGGCGCCCUGCCAGCACGCCGCCUCCUGCACCGACCUCGUCAACGACUUCUCCUGCGACUGCACCAACGGCUGGAAGGGCAAGACCUGCCACUCCAGGGAGAGCCAGUGUGACGAGGCGACCUGCAACAACGGAGGAACCUGCUACGACGAAGGAGACGCCUUCAAGUGUCUGUGCGCCGCCGGCUGGGAGGGCGCCAGCUGCAACAUCGCCAAGAACAGCAGCUGCCUGCCGAGCCCCUGUGAGAACGGAGGAACCUGCGUGGUGGAUGGAGACUCCUUUAGCUGCGUGUGCAAGGACGGCUGGGAGGGCGCCACCUGCAGCCACAACACCAAUGACUGCAGUCCACACCCCUGCUACAACAGCGGCACGUGUGUGGACGGAGAGAACUGGUAUCGGUGUGAAUGUGCGGCGGGGUUCGCCGGGCCGGACUGCAGGAUCAACAUCAACGAGUGCCAGUCGUCGCCCUGCGCCUUCGGCUCCACCUGCCUGGACGAGAUUAACGGCUACCGCUGCCUCUGUCCGCCGGGACGCACCGGCCGCCGCUGCCAGGAAGUGGCUGGCAGGCCCUGUGUGGUGGCAGGCCUGGUGGCUCUGGAUGGCAGCAGGUGGACUGAAGACUGCAACAGCUGCCAGUGUCAGAACGGACGAGUCAGCUGCACCAAGGCUUGGUGCGGCCCCCGGCCCUGCAGCCUGCAGGCCAAGAGCCGCGGCGCCGACUGCCCCGCCGGCCAGACCUGCGUGGCCGUGCGGGACGAGCACUGCUUCGUCAAGCCCUGUCCCAGCCAGGGCGAGUGCUGGAGCCCGAGCCGCCACACCCCGGCCACCACCAGGUGCCACCCGGACGGCAGCUGCGCCAACGUCACCUUCACCUUCAACAAGGACAUCAUGGCAAAGGGAGUGACAGUGGAGCAGGUUUGUCGCGAGCUGAGGAACCUCUACAUCGUGAAGAACCUGUCAUCUGACUCAUCCGUCUCCAUGACCUGCGAACUGUCGCUCAGCGCCAACAACGAGAUCCACGUCGCCAUCUCCACUGAUGAGCAGCGGAGGGGCGUGGCGUUCGUCAAGGAGAUCACAGACCGGAUCAUGGAUCUGGUCAGCAAGAGGAAUGCCAACAGCAGCAUCAUCAGCGCCAUCGUCGAGGUUCGCAUCCAGAGACGCCAGAGCCGCGACUCCGACGCAGACCGCCUCGUGCCGCUGCUGGUCUCCGUGGUGAUCAUCGUCUGGGCGAUGGCGGUGGCCUCAGUGCUGCUAUGGUGUGUGAGGCGGCGGAGGAAGCAGAGCACCCACACGGGCGUCAGCACCCAGGCGGCGUCUCCGCUGGCGCCCGCCGUCGAGGACAACAACGCCGUGAACAACGGCGUCAGCAACGCCCGUGAGACGCUCAACCACAUCAAGAACCCCAUCGAGAAAAACCCGAGCAGCCUGCAGCACCAGCUGCUGCUGCACCACCACUACGAAGACAAGAACUCCAUCAACGCCAAGAUCAGGAAGUCGGACACCGGGAGCCAAUCGGACGAGGAGGAGGCGGAGAGGAGGCUGCAGAAGUCGAGGUACCCCCGGGCGCCGGCGUACACGCUGGUGGACUGGGAGGAGCGACCGACGCAGCACCCAACAGGAAAACCCCCCCACUGGACUAGCAAACAGGACAACAGGGAGGUGGAGUCGGCUCAGAGCGCCAACAGGAUGGAGUACAUCGUAUAGCCAACGGGCUCAACAUGGAGAUCACAGUCCCCCUAGUGGUGGAAAACUGUCAUGUUUCGUCAUUUUUUUGUUGGUUAUUUUUGUAGUUUUUUUUUUAUUAUUAUUAUUGAAAAAUUCGAGAUGAAUUGUUUCCUGGUUUAAUUUAUGUUUUGACAAGCUGGCUGACACUGGGAUGAACAGUCCGCUGUGGUUGGCUGGAUCUGGGUACUGCACUCGCGUCUCGCCGGGGGCCGGGGGAGUUCGAGGACGUUGCCGUUUGCGUAAACGGCGAGCUCGCGACAUUCGUGCCGGAACGUCACUACGUUCAGCCUGCAAGCCGCUGUCGGAAACUCUGCAAAGCAUUCCCAGUAGCCUCCUGUGCACGGUCCACAUCUCUCAGCGGAGAAUGUUUGGUAAUUGAAUGUGCUGCUGCAGUGCCGCACCACAGCACCUAUCAAAUUAAAAAAUUCAGAUUAUUUAUUUUUGUUUUUCAUUUUUUCGGGGCAGGUUGAGUCUGUCAGCAGUUGCUGCCAAUAUGAAGAAUUUAAGUGUCCGUGUAGAAUGUUUCUGUAUAGAUGUGUAAAUAUUUUUUAAUUAAUCAUUGUGUAUAUUUGAUUUAUUAACUUAAUAAUCAAGAGCCUUAAGAUAUCAUUCCUUUUUUUAAUUUAAAUGCAUUGUUUAGAGUUGAAGGUUUUACGGCUUUGUAAGCUUCCGACUUCCUUUCUCUUGAUGGAAAUAUUGUGUUGAUAUAUUUUUCGUCAAUGCCAAAAGUGUUCUUGAAAGAAUGAUUUAUUUUUAGCAAUUGGAAUGGGCAUUUUUGUGCCUAAACAAACUGUUUUGUACAUUUUCUGUUGUAUGAUAAUGUUUUGUUGGCAUGUUUGCAAGGCUGUUUUUUGUAAGUACUUAAAUGUAAAUGGGCAGGGGGCGGGGUUACGCGCUUGGGGCGGAGACUGAAAACACUGCUGCAGGGUCAUUUUAUAAAAACCAACAUGGUGGCAGACAUAUUGCUUGCUACUGAAAAUAAUUUUUUCAAGGGAACAUAAUUUUUUGUAGCUUAAGGUUUUUGUACAAUGUAGUAAAAAGAGUCAAGCACAGCAGCGAGGGGGUGGUGGGUCGCCCGCUAUGUUUUUAGCUGAGUGGGUAAAUCUGUGGGGUGAGGCCCUCGAAAAGAGCAGUAAGAGCAGUGCACAAGACGAGAUGCCCUCUGAUUGGACAACAAAGCACAGCUGUGAAAACGUAUGAUUUCAGUUGAUUUACCCCUUUUAGUUCACAAUGGAAGAAUUGGAAAAUUUACCAAAAUGUACGUUUCACUCGAGAUGUUUUGGUUUUUUUGGGACCUUGAGAAAUAAAAGUCAUUGUGUUUGUUCCUGGCA